AUGGGCUCAGCUCUCAACAAUAUCGCGUGUUCUCUGCAGAGAAGUGGAACGUGGAUCAAUUCUUUAAUUGCCGCUUUGACUCUCGGCGGGCAGCAACUGUUCACCUCUUCCACAUUCAGAUGUCCGUGUCAGGUUGGGAAAAAUUUCUACUAUGGUUCUGCUUUCCUAGUCAUUCCUGCCUUGAUCCUUCUGGUUGCUGGCUAUGCUCUGAGGAACCAGAUGUGGACAAUUUCGAGUGACUACUGCUGCCGCUGUGCCCCUCCACACCGGAGAGUCGGCCUCCUGGAGCGCAAGCUGGCUUGCCUCAGGUUCUUCAGCAUCACCGGCAGGGCACUCGUUGCUCCAUUGACGUGGCUGGUGGCCACCCUGAUGACAGGCACCUACUACGAAUGUGCAGCAAGUGAAUUUGUAACUGUGGACCAUUACCCAGCGUUUGACAACAUCAGUGCCGACAAACGGGAGGAGAUUUUAGCUGGGUUUCCAUGCAGCACAUCAGCUCCUCCUGACAUGAUCCUGGUAAGAGAUGAAGUAGCUCUUCUGCACAGAUUCCAGUCACAAAUGCUGGGCUGGAUUUUGAUCACCUUGGCAACCAUCAUUACCCUCGUUUCCUGCUGUUUGAUGAGGUGCUGCUCUCCCCUCACCUCCCUGCAGCACUGCUACUGGAACAACCACCUCCGCAACGAGAAGGAGCUCUUUGAGCAAGCUGCAGAGCAGCACUCACGCCUCCUCAUCAUGCAGCGCCUAAGGAAACUAUUUGGCUUCGUUCCUGGAAAUGAAGAUGUCAAACACAUCCGCAUUCCCUCGUGUCAGGACUGGAAAGACAUUUCAGUACCCAGUCUUCUCUGUAUGGGUGAUGACUUGCAAGGUCACUAUAGCUUCCUUGGAGGCCAGGUGGAUGAGGCUGAGGAAAGCAUACCAGGAGGCAUUGAAUUAAAACCUUGAGUAUAGCACCUCUCCCAAUUCAGGUUGCUUAGCACAUACUUUAUUCUUAAGAUGAUGGAGU